GUGCUUUUAGCUAUUGCUGAUUAAAUGAAAACUAGUGUAAAAUGUUCAGAAACUCGAGUACUAUAAGUUAUAAUGUAGAAUAAUUCUGAUAAUUUAAGAAAAGUGGUGGAAAUUCGUGAAAAAUAAACAUAAUCAUUCAACUUGAAAAAUUGCCUUAUAUUCGUCACGAAUCAAUUAAAUUUGGAAAGCGUUACCAAAAAUGUCAUCUCUGAGAGUAGCUGUAAGGGUUAGACCUUUCAAUAACAGAGAGAAUGAACUUGGCGCAAGUUUGAUUGUUGAAAUGGACGGAAAGAAGACACGGCUUAUGAAACCGUCAAAACAAUCAUCGAGUCUACGCGAUCACUUUCAUGACUUUACCUUUGAUCAUUCUUAUUGGUCAUUAGAUGAGAAUGAUGGUCAUUUUACAAGUCAGGAACAAGUUUUUAAUGAUCUUGGAACUGAUGUCGUUGAUUGCGCAUUUCAAGGCUAUAAUUUCUGUUUAUUUGCUUAUGGACAAACGGGAUCUGGUAAGACAUAUACAAUGAUGGGUAAUUCACAAGAUAAGACGCAGCAAGGACUAGUACCAAGGAUAUGUAGAGAAUUAUUUAAUCGAAUGAAAACGGGUCAAAAAGAUGGAAUUGGCUAUAAGACACAAGUAAGCUAUUUAGAAAUUUACAAUGAACGAGUUCGUGAUUUACUUGGUCCACAAAAUGUUGGGCAUUGCUUACGGGUACGAGAACAUCGAAUACAUGGUCCGUAUGUAGAAAACUUAUCUCAACACACAGUGAACAAUUUUGAGGAGAUUCAUGAAUGUAUGGUAAAAGGCAAUGCUGAACGAACAACAGCCGCAACAAAUAUGAAUGACACGUCCUCAAGAAGUCAUGCAAUAGUAACAAUAACCUUUGUUCAAGCUGGAUUCCUCAAUGAUAUGCCCAGUGAGACAGUAUCAAAAAUUCACUUAGUCGAUCUUGCCGGCAGCGAGCGAGCAAAUUCAACAGGCGCAACAGGUCAAAGGCUGAAAGAAGGUGCUCAUAUUAAUAAAUCACUCGUAACUUUGGGCAGUGUCAUAUCUUCUUUAGCUGAACUUGCGAAUCCAAAUGCUUCAAAAAAGUUUUAUAUUCCUUAUCGUGACAGUACAUUAACAUGGCUGUUGAAAGAUUCACUUGGUGGCAAUUCGAAGACAGUUAUGUUGGCAGCUAUUUCGCCAGCAGAUGUAAAUUAUUCGGAAACUUUAUCAACGCUACGUUAUGCAAAUCGAGCAAAGAAUAUUAUUAAUAAGCCAACGAUUAAUGAAGAUGCAAAUGUGAAAAUAAUUCGUGAAUUAAGGGAAGAAAUCUCGUCAUUACGUUCAAUGCUUAACAGUGGUUCAAUAAGCUUAAAAGAGCCACAUUUGCUAGAAGAUUUACAAAAGAAAGAAGCACAAGAGAAAGUGCUCAUAGAAGAAUGGUCUGAGAAAUGGCGGGAAGUACAGUCUAUAUUGCGUGAAGAGAAAUCGCUAGGAUUAAAAAAGUCUGGUGUUGGAGUCACUUUGGAUUCAGAAAAGCCACAUUUAAUUGGAAUUAAUGAUGAAAUCACAGGCGUUACAUUGUUUACCUUAAAAGAGGGUGAUACAUUAAUUGGAACAAAUGAGUCAGAUCAUCCACAAGACAUCGUAUUAUCGGGCUUAGGAAUAUGUCCAGAACACUGUCGAAUUGUCCUAACUUCUGGGAAUGCAAUGAUACAUCCAAAUGAAAAUGCACAAUGCUGGCUUAACGCGAAUCUUAUUGACCGACCCAUGUCAAUAUCUCAAGGUGAUAUAAUACUUCUCGGACGAACGAAUAUGUUUCGUUACAAUAAUCCAUCAGAAGUAGCAAAAUAUCGUAAAAAUUCAACCAGAACUAAUCGUACAGACUUAUCAAGAUUGUCACUCAUAGCAGCGUCUCGAGAAAAUUUAUGCAACAGCUUUAUGUCGGAUGAUGAUGGCUCAACAAAUUCAUCUCCAUAUAAAGCACGCUAUCAGCAACAUUUUCUUAUGAAUGAGCAGUUUGUACGUGACAACCAAGAGAUACAAGAUGAGCAUAAAAAAAUUCUCCAGACAAUUGAGAGUGCACUAAAGCAACUUAAUCUUGAGCGCGUAAAGAUGCAUGAUCAUUUUAAAACAAAAGUACUAAGAUAUACGAAGGAGAUUGAAUGUUUAGAGAAAAGGCAGUCAGAUAAGUUAGUUGUAAUAGAUUGUAAAAUAGAAGAGCUUCUUGCGAAGCAAGAAAUGGUUUUAUGGGAGAAGAAUAAUGAACAGACACAGGUUGAAAUUUUGAAUCGUCAAAUUAGUGCAUUGUUGACGUCAUUAGAUUCUAAAAAGCGUGAUUUCUUUGAGUUUGUUGCUAGAGAAUUACAAGAGCUACAAGAUUGUGGAAAAAUUAACGAGGAACUUCUGGAAGCUCUCAACAAUACACCAGUUCAAGAUGACUAUAGUGGAGUGUUGCUGGAAGUCUCAAAAUCGUUGGAUUCAUAUUCGAGUCAGUAUUUGAGGGACAAUAUUAAGAAAAAUCGCGAUGAAAUCGAAAAAUAUGAAAAUGAACUGAUAGAAAAAGACAACAUGCUCCAGCAGUGUCAUCGUAAAAUUGAAGAACUUCAUGAAAAGUUGACAAAAUUGGAGACAGAAAAUCGCUUAAUGCUUACUCAGAAGAGUCAAGAAGAGCAAGAUAGAAUUCAACUCAAAAAACAAUCUUUAACGCUUAAUUUAAGAAAUAAAACUAGUGAUGUACAAACUGAUACUCUGGGAUUGAUAGAUUCAAAUGGUGCUCAAACUACUGAAACAGAAACAUGUGAUACUUUCCAUACAGCCAAUUCGGAUUGCUCAUUUGCUUCCGCAUUACCAUCGCCAUUUCCACCACGACAGGAGCAUCAAGAUGACGAUGAAACAAAAGAUUCGGAACUAAAGGAUAUGGCUGUAAAUACAGGGACAAUGUCUGACGUUGUCGGACAUCCGGAAGAACAAGAAGACAAAACAAUCAUGAGCGACAGUGGUGUAUGUCUUGAAAACAAUAAAGUGCCUGAGCCUGAGCCACAAACAUCAUCAUCGUCUUGUGCUGUUCAAAACACUUUAAUGAAACAUUUAUAUGAUGGCGACAACUUAUCGACACAUUCAUCGCAAAUAUUUUAUGAGCAAUUACUGAAUACACAAAUGGAUAAAUUGAGUGAAAAAGUUGCUAUAAAAAAGGCUGAAAUUAUGAGGAUACUUGAAAUGGGUGGAGAAAAAUCGAAACUCGAUGACAUGAUUAAUGACCUUCAGGAGCUACAAAAGGAAUUUGUUAAAUGUGAAAUGCGUUUAGAUAACUCACGUGAUGGUUGCCUUUCCGAUGGAGAAAUGUCAACAGAUUUACGUGAAAUAAACGGCAGUAGUGCUGACAGUGAUGAAUCACGUAAUAAUCCACUUAUGAUGUCAACAAUGUCCACACGCAAUAACAGUAUCUCGGUAACAGCGUCAAGUAUGUACUCGCACGCUGGAAUUAUGACAAGGUCACUGCCAACUAUUGAAGGAUCUUAUCCAAUACAACCUGAACAUUCAAUUAACAUCCCUUCCUACAUCAUACGUGGAGCGGGAAAUAAAACACAUUAUGAAUACGAAAUAAGAAUUUACCUGCCUGAUGAAAGAUGGCUCCUAUUGCGAAGAUACAGCCGAUUUAGGGAGUUACAUCUCAGUAUGAAAGCUCAAUAUGGCGAUAAGGUUGCAAAAAUCAAUUUUCCAAAACGUGAAUUGUUUGGAUCAAACAGUGAAUCAGUGGCGAAAACAAGAAGACGACAGCUCGAGACGUAUCUGAGAAGACUUUUGGUUGUGUGUUCGAGAAUACCAUCGUGUCCAAUUUAUGAUGGAAAUAGUGGUCAGGGACUGUCAAAAAAGUCCCUAAUCGAGUUUUCAAGUUUCUUUAAAAAAGGACUUUUUGAAAGUGGAAAGCAUGGAACUGGAUGAGUUUAAGGAAGAUAAGAUGGAAAAGUUUUCCUUUUGUUUUAUUUAAUAACUUUUUGGAAAGAAAAUUUAUUGACUUUGGGGAUAAAUGUGCUAUUUUCUUCACGUUGACUGACUGAUUUUGUAUCGUUGUUCUCGUGUUAUUCAAUGUUUGACUUACAAUGACAAACAUGUUCUUGGCUAAGUCUUCUGUGUGCAUUAACCAUUAGCUUAAUUCAGACAUGAAAAAUAGCAUCAAACCUUUGAAUUCUAUAAAGUCACAAACUCGAAAUUUUGUCAUUAAGUGCGCUUUAAGUUCCAUUUAGCCAUGACUUCACGUCUGCGAUCUGUGACAAGUAAUGACAAGUUUGCCAUUAUAAAAACGAAGACAGAAAAUAUGGGUAGUAAGAAAUGACAGCAAUGAGGGAUGUAAGGAACAGACAAAAUUUUAUUACAUCAAGUUUUCUCGUUUAAAUUACAUUCCAAUUUAUUUAAGUCUGGAUUACUUCCUCAAACACAAGCAAAAAGAAGUACCGACGAUGAGAUUUAAAUAAGGAAUGAAAAAGGGGUUUGGCUGUAGAAGGAAGGGAAUAUAUUUUUUCUUGCUAUCAUGAUUCAUGACCCACACUUUAUAAACUGCAAUGCUAUUACAUAAUCCCUAUUUUAAGAUACUUGCUAAAUCCAUUAAACAAAUUCUUUGGAUAAAUUUAAUUAUUUCCUUCGUCUUUGGAUGUUUGCUCUAUCGUUAUCACAAGAAUUCUUGCUAUAACGAUGAAAAGUUUGCAUCAUUGUUAUUGUUUCCUUAUAAAAGUUCUUGCUUUUGGGAUCUUUUUGCUUUAUGAGUAGAUUAUUUGAAGACGCGACAAAGUUAAUUUCACUUUGACUGUUUGCAAAUUAUAAUUUUAGAGGAUCCUCAAAUUUUAAAUUAUUUUGUUGAGUGAGUUGACUCUAUUUUUGCAUAAUUCAUUAAAAGUCGUUAAGUUGUUAUAACCUUUUUCAUAAUAAUAUUUUAAAUUCAAUGCAGAGUUCUUAACCGAUUUCAAUUUGAAACAGAAUCAUAGUACUUACUUACUUCGCUGGCCGUACAGAUCAAUUGUGAUCCAUGGCCUUCCUCAGAUGGCGCCUGAAGCUGGCUCUAUCGUUCAUCAUAGUAAAGCAUGUAAAGUUCAGUUCUAAUACUUGAAAUGGAUCGCAAAUGGCUUUUUUUCAUCAAAAAAUUGAUUUAAGCUGGAAAAAUCGACUUCGAUCUCUGCAGGAUAAAGUUUGAAAAUUCCAGAAAACGUCAAGUAAGUGAUUCCUUUUCAAAUGAUAAUUAUCAUUGAGCUAAUAUUCCAUAAAUAUAAGAAAAUAUUAGCAUGUACUACAUGAGACCUAGAACGUUAAGCGUCACUAUUUGAGAGGAAUGAUUCCAGUCAGAGUUCUAGAGGGUUUCAUACAAGCUUUACUUUGUAUUACCAAAAACGCUCAACUAGGUCAAGCAUACAGUACGCUAAUGAUAGCUCUCUACUUAACUUGAUCUGAGUUCAAUUCUUUUACUGUAAAAACAAUAUUUUGGUACACAAAUCAGUCCAUUCAGUCAAACUUAAACACACUUGUUGAUCAAAAUCUUUGGAAAAUUUUUGCUAGUUACUCCAAAUAACUUUUUUUUCAAAACCUUAGUCAGACUUAACAAACCUAUUUAAUUAUGCUAAAUUUCGUAAGUAUUUUGUGCCCAAUGUUUUAAAAUUACACCUGGAA